CGAUGUUCUAUCUACUAUGAAUGCUAGUUUGCAGUUUGGUAACCAUCUUCUUUAUGAGAUCAUUGAAUUUAUGGAGUGCUCCUGCAUCAAUGCCAAGAUGAAAUUCAAUAAUACAAGGUACUAUUGACACUGCUAGUGAUAGAGGAACAUAUAUAUUGAAGAACAAAAAAAAACAACCUGAUGAGAGGCUUUAUCUUGCUUCUGUUCUGCCUCACCUUGCUGAAUAAUAUAGCAGCCUUCACUGUUAGAGACACUAUUAAUACAAUGCAAUCUAUCAAUGAUGGUGAGAUCAUAAUUUCAGCUGGAGAAAGCUUUGCAUUGGGAUUCUUUAGUCCAAACAAUUCCAUGAACCGUUAUGUUGGAAUUUGGUAUAAUAAAAUCCCAAUAAAGACAGUAGUAUGGGUUGCCAACAGAGACAACCCCAUCACUGACUCAUCAGGGGUUUUGAAGAUCAAUGAAACUGGGAUUCUAGUCCUUCUCAACCAUAACAAGAGUGUCAUUUGGUCUUCCAAUUCAACAAGGUCAGCGAAAUAUCCAGUUGCAAAGCUUUUAGAUUCUGGAAAUUUCAUUGUUCAGGAUAGCAGCAAUAAUGAGCCAACAGAUUUUCUGUGGCAAAGUUUUGAUUAUCCACUUGACACACUCUUGCCAGGAAUGAAGUUUGGAAGAAAUCUAGUUACAGGCCUGAAUAGAUACUUGUCAUCAUGGAAUAGCUCUGAUGAUCCAUCUCAUGGUAAAUAUAACUAUCAACUUGAUAUUAGUGGAUAUCCACAAUUUGUUUUAAGAGAAGGCACUGUAAAAAGGUUUCGUUUGGGAUCAUGGAAUGGUGUUCAGUUUAGUGGGGCGCCUCAGGUGAAACAAAAUGCUAUAUAUAGGUUUAUGUUUGUUUCUAAUGAGGAAGAGAUAUAUUAUACAUUUGAACUUUUCAACAAGUCAUCUCUUAAUAGGGUGGUGUUAACAACAGAUGGAUAUAUCAGGAAGAUUUAUUGGAGUGGAGAAGAAAAUGGUUGGAGUGAAUUUUCUAGAAUGCCUUUGGAUGACUGUGAUUACUAUGAAAAAUGUGGAGCAUAUGCUAGUUGUAAUAUAAACAAUUUUCCUGUAUGUGAUUGCUUGGAUGGAUUUGUGCAGCACAAUGUGGCAGAUAUAUAUAGUGAUUGUGUCAGGAGAACUUCACUGAGUUGCCAUGGAGAUGGGUUUUUGAAGUAUUCUGGGCUGAAAUUACCAGACACAGAUGGAUCCUGGUUUGAUAGAAAUAUGAGCCUUGAAGAUUGUAGGGUGUUGUGUCUGAAGAAUUGUUCCUGUUCAGCAUAUACAGCUUUGGAUAUGAGUAAAGGGCCAAGUGGAUGCUUACUCUGGUUUGGUAAUCUGACUGACAUAAAAGAAUUGCCUGCAUCUGAUGAAGAUGUUUACAUAAGGAUGGCUGGGACAGAAAUAGGUAAGACUCAUGAAGGAAAGCACUCACAUAAAUCCAACAUCUGGAAGAAAGAGACUGUUAUCAUAAGCUGUGUGGCGCUUAUAGGAAUUUUAAUCCUAAGCUUAACCUUCAUCAUUUAUAGACGGCAGAAAGGCAAAGAAGGUAAAAGAAAUGGUGAAGAAGAUGCAAAUGCAACAAAUGAACACAAUGAGGAAGAUUCAGAAUUACCCUUGUUUGAUAUGUCUACAAUUACUUCUGCAACCAAUAACUUUUCAACUGGCAAUUUUCUUGGGGAAGGUGGUUUUGGAUCGGGUAUCCUGGACGAUGGAAGAGAAAUAGCUGUCAAGAGGCUCUCAAAGAAAUCAAGCCAAGGAAUCCAAGAAUUCAAAAAUGAAGUUUUGCAUAUUGCCAAACUUCAGCACAGGAAUUUAGUGAGGCUACUAGGGUUCUGCAUUCAAGCAGAUGAAAGAUUGCUGGUUUAUGAAUUUAUGCCCAACAAAAGCUUGGACUUCUUCAUAUUCGAUAAAAAGAAGGGCAUGUUACUAGAUUGGCCAAGGCGCUUGCACAUUAUCAAUGGGAUAGCUCGGGGUCUUCUUUAUCUUCAUCAAGAUUCAAGGCACAGAAUAGUUCAUAGAGAUCUCAAAGCCGCGAAUGUUUUGCUAGAUAGUGAAAUGAACCCAAAAAUCUCAGACUUUGGAUUGGCUAGAAGCUUUGGAGGGAAUGAAGUUGUAGGAAACACACAGCAUGUGGUUGGAACCUAUGGCUACCUGCCUCCAGAGUAUAUAAUUGAUGGAGCUUACUCAACAAAAUCCGAUGUGUUCAGCUUUGGUGUGUUGAUAUUGGAGAUAGUGAGUGGGAAGAGAAAUAAAGGGUUCUGUCAUCAAGAUAACCUUUUGUCUAAUGCAUGGAGACUAUUUACUGAAGGCCAAAGCUCUGAAAUAAUUGAUGCGACAAUAAAAGACUCAUUCAAUUUACCUGCAGUGCUAAGAUCAAUUAAUGUGGGACUACUAUGUGUGCAAAUAAGUCCAGAUGAUAGGCCAAGCAUGUCAUCUGUGGUUAUGAUGUUGAGUAGUGAAUCCACACUGCCUCAGCCUAAAAUGCCUGGAUUCUUUAGAGAUAAAGACCAUGUUGGGGACAAUUCUUCAUCAAGCAGUAAUAAACUUUGCUCAAAUGAUAUCACAGUCAGCUUAAUGUAUGCUCGAUAGGUUGCUUUUAAUACUUAAUUUUGCUAAAGUUUAAUAUAGGAGGGUCACGGAUUCGAGUUUAGGAAAUAAUUUCUUUGCAAAAAUUGAAGGAUAACGCUGCAUAUAAUCGACCGGAGCCUUGUAUACCAGGAGUUGC